AAGGAACAUGGCUACCUUUCAAAUAUUCGAACUCACGGAUAUAGAGAUAGGGCAGCACUGUGGAAGUAGUGCCAAACCAACUGUGUUUCAGGGGAAUGUGAAAAGAACUGGGGAUGUUGUAGCAGUGAAGAAUAUUACAAAUGUACAGCAACGGGGGUUGGAUAUCUUGAAACGCCUGCAGCAUGAUCACGUCGUUCGACUUCGCGGCAUCAUCCACCGUGACGAGGAAGGGUCGGCCAAGGAGUUCCUUGGGUCGACGGUGUUAGUGCUAGAGUACGCACCGAAUGGAAAUUUGUAUGAAUUCUUAAAUACAGCCUCUGAAUUCCUACCGCAUUUCCAAUCUUGGUGUAAACAAGCAGUGUGUGACGUUGAGUACAUCCACCAACAGAAUAUCUCGCAUCGUGACAUCAAAUCAAAGAAUUAUUUAGUUUUUGGAGAUGUCAUCAAGCUCACCGAUUUUGGAAUCUCGAAAAUAACAAAUGACAUCACCAGCACGACACAUAAUAUAGGAGGUACAAUCCUCUGGAUGGCACCAGAAGUCAUGGAUGAAAAUGACAAAAUUGAUUACUUCAGAUCCGACAUAUAUUCUUUAGGAAUAGUCUUGUGGGAGUUGUACCACCGGACAAUGCCUUAUGAUAAAUGGAAGUUGAAAGAUAUCAUAAAGCACGUGCUUAACUAUAAGGGUCAUCUAGAAAUUGAUGAUGGGUGUGACAUCCGCGAGGUGUUGCUAAGCUGCUUGGAGUAUGAGCCAACCGAAAGGCCAACAGCAAAGGAGAUUCUGACGCCAUUUAACAACAACGGAGGAACGUCGAUUGUAAAAAACUCUAAGAGUUGGCGGCGAAGAGGGCUAAUCGGGUUAAUCAAACCUACUAAGGAUCGGUAUUUUUUAAUACUGGCGUUUGCGAUUAUUCUUUUGGGAUUGGUCAUUAACGCACUCGACCCUAUUGCCAAUAACAAUGUUGAUACAAAUAAACCAAUAGUAGACGUCCAAACGGAGAAAAUACCAACAACACAACCGGCUACAAUACCGACAGAAAAUCCGACUACACAACCAGCGACGAUUUUAACAACCGCAUCACCGCCUCGAGAUUGGCAAAAAGAGGGUUACAAACAGAUAAACAAUCAAAACGGAGCACGAAAUAGGCGUGGAACGGUGAGAGUCUAUGACCGAGAUUUUGGAUACCACGCUCGGGAGGAGUGGUUCAAGCACUAUUCAACUGCAACUGAUAUUGCAACAGGGAUUAAGGCAGAUGCUGGGGGAUAUGGAUCAAGGGGAGGGGCAAACGAACAUGCUAUUGAAAACUUAAUCAAUAAACUCAUGGCAAGAAACAUAAUAACAAAUUAGGGAAUAGGGUGGUUGUCAUCUCCAAACUUAUCUUAAAUCCUAGAUAUAGAUUUAAAAGCCCUCUGACCAAGUAGGUCUACUAAAACAGUAACAUGCAGUGAAAGGUACCUUCGGGUAGCGCCUAAUAGAGGCUUACUUUUUACGAAAUAAUCUACAAAUGGGGGACAUGCCCACUCAUUUGGCCCAGCCAUGGACUACUCCUCUCAUAUUUAAGCACUAUUACUCAAUUCGUGUCCAGAAGUGGCGCCAGCAAGGGAAGGGCCCCUCCCGUCGGGGAGAGCUCCCUCCAUCCUUCGGGGAGAAAAAAAGCAAUUCUUUGGGGGAAAGGAAAAAAUGUAUUUUUAUUCUACAAAUUAUUACUCUAAAAUUGACUAAAUAAACAAUCGAAACCUCUAAAUUGUCCUAUUUUUGGGGGCUUCACCCCCAUGGGACACUUUCGAGAGGUUUUGGGCGACGCCCGACCACGCUCACUUUUUUUUCGUCGGGGACAUUGGACCCACGUCGGGCAAAUCCUGGCGCCACCCCUGUCCGUGUCGAUGCAAUGUAACCAUUAUCAUCACUUUUUUUUUAAAGAAAUUCUAGGAAUAUAAUAACUCUAGGAGAAACAAACAUUUUCGCCACUUAAUAUUAUAUUUUCUAGAUGACUUUUAAAGAGAAUAAUUAGUAAUGAUUUUAACAAAGACUAGCUAUAGUGAUUUUUGUACCAAAGACCACUACACGUAUAGCUCCAGUCAUACACGAGAGUUGCGCAAUAUUGUUUCUCUAUCAUACAUAUAAUAGAUAUAAAAAACAUGAUAAAACCAUUUUAAAUAUCAC